AUUGAAAUUCAAAUUUCCCCGCCCUUUCUUCCCACAGAACUAAACAAACCACUUUCUCUCUCCUCUCUCCACUAAGCGCUGAAGUUCGUCAACAAUGGUGGAAUCGUCAGAGCAAGCAAUUGUGCCUUCGUCGAAUCAAAAUAAUCCACUUCCAGAGAUUGAAUCUCACUUUUCAAAUGUCCUCUAUGAUCUUUCCCAGCAAGUACAAGGAGCAAUGGAGGACCUGCUUAAGAUGAUAAAUGAAAUCGAUGUGCAUUCUGCUGAAGUAACUGAAGAAAUGGAGAGAUGCAGAGAAUCUGCACUUGAGAAGAGGAAGGCCAUCGAGGAAGAGAAGGAAUGUUUCCAGAAAGCUGCUUACGCUGUUCUAGACGUGCUGAAUAUUGGAGAGGGCAAACGAGAAGAUCAGAUGUUUCUGGAAAAUGGUACAGAGUAUUGAACAGAAUUUGCUUAAAGUGAACACUAGCAACAUAAUAUGGAUACUGCAGUAGAAAGUUAGCACAACUGCUGAAGAUUCGAGAUUUUCUAGUUUGAUUAGCUUUUGCGUGGCGUCUUAAACUGUGUAGAGAUGCUAAAGUUUCUACAAAUAAGCUGUAUACAUAGCACAAAGUCUAUAAUUUUUGGGUUUAAUAUCUACUACUUGUAUAGGUUUACCGUUGACGUUAGCUAACCAAUAAGGAUCGUUUUACCUGAUUUGUCAUA